AUGGUCCAGAUCAAUCCCCAACACCAACUCCCCCGAGACUUUGAAGGUUUCGGUCCGGAAUCCCCCGACUGUCAAUGGCCCAACUCCGCCCGCAUCGCCAUCUCCUUCGUCCUUAAUUAUGAAGAAGGCGGCGAGCGGUCGAUUCUCGAAGGAGAUGCUCAUUCCGAGCCAUAUCUCUGGGAGAAGGGUAGUUCUGGAGGACAUAAAGAGGGAGCGAGAUAUUUAAAUGCCGAGCAAGAUUUUGAAUAUGGAAGUCGUGUGGGAGUUUGGCGGUUGAUGCGUUUGUUCAAGGAGUUUGACUGGUCGAUCACGAUUUUCGCUGUUGCGCGGGCGAUGGAGCUGAAUCCGAGGUUCGGGGAGUAUUGUGUGAAGGAGGGGCAUGAGAUUGUGAAUCAUGGGUUGAGAUGGCUUGAUACCUGGCAUUUGAAUGACGAGGAAGAUGUGAAGUACAUCAAGGACUCCCAGAACAAGCUGCAUGCACUUACAGGCGAGUUCCCGGUGGGUGUUUACUUUGGUAGGUCGACGGUCAACACACCAGGGAGAUUGGCAGAAGUAUUCAAAGAGAUGCACAAAGAGCAAGGCACUCCAAAGCUGCUGUACUCGUCCGAAGUAUACAACGAUGAUGUACCAUACUGGGUUGAUUUGCCGUACGAGAAGGAUCUGCCGGAUGAGGAGAAAGAAGGGAUGCUACUCGUGCCGUACAACUACGACUGCAAUGAUGGCAAGUUCCACAUGGCUCCGGGAUUCACAUCUAGCAGUGGUCAGCUUUACGAGCAGUACCUCAAGUCCACCUUCGAUUGCCUGUACAGAGAAGGAGGCAAGAUGAUGAACAUUCCUUUGCAUUCGCGCAUCACUGGCAAGGCUGGCCGCGCGGAGGCAUUACGAAACUUCCUAAUCUAUGUCAGCGAGAAGCCUGGUGUUUGGGUCACCACUAGGAAAGAUAUUGCCAAGCACUAUCGGACCAACUUCCCCUACAAGCCGGGCUCACGGAAAGGCGGCGAGUGA